UCGUUUUUGUUGUAAUGUACUUACCUUUCUUUGAAUCCCCGCCCCGUGCCCGGUAUCUUUGUAUGGUCAAUGAUGACCCCGCCGGGUUCCUCUCCCAGAGUAAGUAACUUUGGGCAAGAUCAGGAAUCGGUAGUGUGCAAAAGACAAACAGUAUUUGCAAAUGUUCUCCGUUCCUUCAGUUUAAACUCCAUGCGUGCUUAUCGUUUCGACAACCUUGAGGGUGACCAACGUCUCCCACAUGACUCUGGCAUGGAAGUUCCAGAUGAGGUUUUGAGGUCUAUUGGCGUCCUGCACUGGCACAUUCCCAUUGAUACCGAAGGAAAGUAUGAGCAGGAGAUUGCUGCUAUUGCGAAGGAAAGGGAUUACAAGAACCACGACAUUAUCGCUAUCAGCAAAGAGGGCCUUGGCGAUGAAUAUGAAACAAAGAUCAAGAAUUUCUACCACGAGCACAUGCAUGAAGAUGAAGAAAUCCGAUACCUUCUUGAAGGCAGCGGCUUCUUUGACGUACGUGAACACUUUACUGAAUCCUGGAUUCGUUGCCACAUGAGUGCCGGAGACCUCUUGGUCCUCCCUGCGGGCAUUUACCACCGCUUCACCCUUGAUAUGGGCAACCGCGUUAGGACCAUGAGACUGUUCAAGGUUUGCUCUCAGCCUGUUUUCGUUGUUGUAUUCUGACCGUCCUUGCGCUCCAGGAUGAGCCUAAGUGGAUUGCGCACAACCGCGGUCACGAAACGGAUGUCAAUACCUACCGCUUGGAGUACUUGAAGAGCAUUGAGGUCC